UCUCUCGUUAGCCGUUGGUGUUUUCUUCUCUCCCCUCUCUUGGCUCUUUAUUGGAACGCACCGUCUCUUGGCUCUCCGGACUCUUAAAGCAAAGCACCAUCUCUUGGCCGUGGGUUCCGCCUCGGAUGGCCCCUGGAUUUCCUUACUGGAUUUCCUUAUCAAUUCUUGCUCCCCUUCACCGAUUCAAAACUUUCAAACUUCCCAAAAACUAGAUCCAAAAAUCGAACUCCUCUGUGAAACGGACACUGUAGAAAAUGCUGUCUGGGGUCAAGUUUAUACCUCGUGAUCAGAUUGAUAAGGAACAAAAUGAGUACUCAGAUGUGAAGAAGAAGAAAUCUAGUAGUAAAAAGGAAAAGCGUAGGAGAAAAGAGAAGAGUUCUAGAUACGGUGGUAGUUCUUCGGAUGAUGAUCUGGAGAGAAUAAAGAAAGGGUCUGGGAGAAAUAAUAAAUGGUAUUCGUCGGAGGAGUAUUCAAGCGGUAGUGGAAGCGAAAGGAGUUCUGAUAGGGAUGAAAAAAGGAGUUGGAAUAGAAGAAAGGAUAAGAGAGGUAAAAACGAUAGUUCUGGGGAUGAAUUCAAUGGUAGGUCUAAGAAAGGGUCGAGGAGAAAGAAACAAUAUUCAUCAUCAUAUUCUUCAUCUGAAGAGGAGGAUCAAAGAGGAAAUGCAAGGGAUAGAAAGAAAAAGGGUCAGGGAAUCGAUGAUGGUAGAGAAUCUCCCUCUUUGAAGGACAAGGAGAUUGAGAGGAAAGAAAUGGGAUUGGAGUGGAUGCUUAGGCCUGCAUUUAAGCCUGAUAAGAAACCUUCAGUACCUGUUGAGCAACCUGAGGAGCCUCCUGCUGAAGAGAUAAAGAAGGUGAAUCCCAGAGAAUUGAACCCAUAUCUAAAAGAUAAUGGAACUGGUUAUCCAGAGGAAGCAGAUGAAAAAAGUUCUGGUGCAGACCGACUUUUAUCUUCUUCACUUGUGGGGGAUGGAGGUGCCAGUUGGAGACUUAAAGCUUUGAAGCGUGCAGAAGAGCAAGCUGCUCGAGAAGGACGAAGGCUUGAGGUGGUUGUGCAAGAACGCUGGGGUUCUCUUGAUAUACUGGCUGAAUAUGGAGCAUCUCGUAGAGCUGCUGCACCUCGUGCUCACCUACAUGCCAUAAGAAAUAGAAAGCAAGGGCAAGAUGAGGAGAAAGAAAAAGCUGCAGGCAAUGAAAGCGGAAGAGAUUCUAAAAAGAACACUGCUCGAGAUUAUUUGCGGGAUGUAUCUCUUCGACAUUCUGACAUGAGGGCCCCAAAAGUCCGUGAUUCAUUAUCCUGGGGAAAACGAAAAAGCCAAAAUACUCCUGCUAAAGAUGCUGGCAUUAUAUCUGCUGCAAAUAAGUUUGCCAAUGAUGGAAACUUUAUGCAAGAAUUUCUUCGUAAGCAGGGCACUGAUACUAGUACAUCUGGUCCACGUGCAAAUCAUGAUGGAAAUGUGGACUCAGAAGUUGUAGCCGCAGAGACAAAUAAAACAAUUGAAGUUGCUACAAUGCUUAAGGAGACUUUGAGCACAAACCAAUUGGCAGCUAAGGCUUUGCAGCUUCGACUGAAGGGAAAGCAUGAAGAAGCUGAGAAACUUCUGCUGGAAGUUGAGAGCAUGAAAGCAAAGCAGAGCACUGGAGAUCAUGCAAAUAAGCAGCAGAAUGUCGACAGAGGAAGCAGAUACGUUGUUAAUGAUGUCUCAAUGAGAAAAAGGAAGGAUGAUGAUGAUACUGAUAAGCAUCUAGCUCGAAGAAUAAUGCACAACAAACAAUAUAGUGUAUCUGGUCAGGCAGAUGAUGAAUAUGAUUAUGAAGAUGGUCCAAGCAGAAAGUCUCGAAAGAAGGGUGGGCGAAAUGAUCAGAAGGUCUCUGGAAAUAAUAUUUUGUCAAGGCGUAUAUUGACUCAGCAAGAGCGCUGCCUUUUCUGCUUUGAGAACCCAAACAGACCAAAACAUCUUGUUGUUGCUAUAGCCAAUUUUACUUACUUGAUGUUGCCACAAUGUCAGCCUGUUGUGCCAGGUCACUGCUGCAUCUUGCCAAUGCAGCAUGAGUCAGCCACAAGAACAGUUGACAAUAACGUGUGGGAUGAAAUUCGUAACUUUAAGAAAUGCUUAAUUAUGAUGUUUGCCAAGCAAGAUAAGGAGUUGGUGUUCUUGGAAACCGUGAUGGGCUUGGCUCAACAACGUUGCCAUUGUUUGAUUGAAUGCAUUCCUAUGCCACGGGAAAUUGCAAAGCAGGCUCCUGUGUAUUUUAAAAAGGCGAUUGAUGAAGCUGAAGAUGAGUGGAGCCAGCACAAUGCAAAGAAGCUCAUCGACACAAGUGAGAAGGGAUUGCGUGGUUCGAUUCCCAAAAACUUCCCAUACUUCCACGUGGAAUUUGGUCUAAACAGGGGAUUUGUUCACGUAAUUGAUGAUGAAAGCCAAUUCAAGAGCAGCCUUGGUCUCAAUGUUAUUAGAGGCAUGCUACAACUGCCAGAGGAGGACAUGUACCGUCGCAGGAGGCAUCAAUCUGUGGAGGAACAAAAGCAGGCUGUGGCAAGUUUUGCUCGCGACUGGGAACCUUUCGACUGGACAAAACAACUUGACUAAAUAGGAAUUGAAGCAAUCCACCAAAGUUGCAUCCAGGUAGCAAUCGAAACCUUUCGAUGGGAUAUUUUGUAUCGGCAUCCUUACCUACAAUUGUUUCAUGGCGGUCAUGAAUAUGAUCGGCAUUUGACGCGAUUAAAAAUCCAGGGGUGUGCCCGCAAAUGCGUAUUCGAAGCCAGAAUGUGCUCUGUUGAUGUAAAUUUCUUCAUGUAAAAAGAAUCCUAUUUAGCCACGUGGAGGUUGUAAAAAAACAAAGAAAAUGUAUUAAAGAGAAAGAGAGGUCUGUGCGUUGCGCGCAGGCUAUAACCUAGUCUAUCACAUGAGCAAAAGAAAGCUCUAAAAUGGUUUCUUCGUUUAACCA